UUAAGAUAUCAUCCUGCGACAGCGUCCCAUUUGUCUUCAACCGGUGAAUUUGAACCUUCAACUAUAUCCCAAAGUUCUAUAAUUGAUUCAUCGAUGAAUCACGCAGCAGAUUCCAUGGCUUCGCUCCAGCAAGUUAUGGCUAUGCAGCACUAUCCAGCGGCACAGUUCUCCCAAUAUCCCAUACCUUCGCCAUUCGCAACAGCGACUGCCGUAGUUGCAUCUCAAAGCGCUGCAGUCGCUGCUGCUGCGAUGCCAAUAUAUCCAUUAUCAGCUCAAACUACAGAAUUGGAAACUGAUCCGCGGGAAUUAGAGCGAUUUGCGGAGCAUUUCAAGCAAAGGCGAAUCAAAUUAGGUGUGACUCAAGCAGAUGUGGGCAAAGCUCUUGCGCACCUUAAAAUGCCUGGCGUGGGAUCUUUAAGUCAGUCUACCAUUUGUCGCUUCGAAAGUCUUACCUUAUCACACAAUAAUAUGGUGGCGCUGAAGCCGAUAUUGCAUUCUUGGUUGGAAAAGGCUGAAGAAGCAACAAAGACAAAAGAUGUGGCAGGUGUUGCGCAAGGUAUUUUGCCAAAUACAGAUAAGAAGAGGAAAAGAACUUCAAUUGCAGCACCUGAGAAACGUCUUUUAGAAGAUUAUUUUCGACAGCAGCCCCGGCCAAGUGGUGAACGUAUAUCAGCGAUAGCUGACAAACUGGACCUAAAAAAGAAUGUUGUUCGACUGCCGUACCGUACACCAAUCCAUCAUCAAUUUUGUAGAUGUCGAAAUCAAAAUGUGAGCACGCCAAAAAUGGUUGCUGCCAGCAUCAAAUGUUCGCCAUUUUCAAAUGGUUAUUUAGAUUGA